GGCUGAGCGGCAGCGAUGGCGAGUCCCCGGGCAGCGCCCCGCCGCCGCCGCCCUCGGCCGGAGAGGCGUCGCCGCUGCCCGAGGAGCCCUCGGCCGCCUCCGUGGCCAGCAGCCGCCUGCAGCUCAGCACCUCGCUCGCCUUCUCCGACCUCACCGAGGAGCUGCUGGACGCCGGCACCGACGGGCUGCUCCGCGAGCUGGAGGAUCUGCGCUCCGAGAACGACUAUCUCAAGGAUGAGAUCGAGGAGCUGCGCGCUGAGAUGCUGGAGAUGCGGGAUGUCUACAUGGAGGAGGACGUGUACCAGCUGCAGGAGCUGCGGCAGCAGCUGGACCAGGCCAGCAAGACCUGCCGCAUCCUGCAGUACCGGCUGCGCAAGGCCGAGCGCCGCAGCCUGCGCGUGGCACAGACCGGCCAGGUGGACAGCGAGCUCAUCCACAGCCUUGAGCAGGACGUCAAGGUGGCCAAGGACGUCUCUGUGCGGCUCCACAAUGAGCUGGAGGUGGUGGAGAAGAAGAGGAUCAGGCUGGAGGAGGAGAACGAGGACCUGCGCCAGCGGCUCAUCGAGACCGAGCUGGCCAAGCAGGUGGUGCAGAACGAGAUGGACAAGCUCCGAGAGAACUCCCUGAAGAAGCGGGGGUCUCGCUCCAUGGGCAAGACUGAGAAGAAGCCGUCAGUGCAGGAGGACAGCGCAGACCUGAAGUGCCAGCUGCACUUUGCCAAGGAGGAGUCAGCCCUGAUGUGCAAGAAGCUGACCAAGCUGGCCAAGGAGAAUGACGGCAUGAAGGAGGAGCUGCUGAAGUACAGGUCCCUGUACGGGGACCUCGACAGCUCCCUCUCCGUGGAGGAGCUGGCUGACUCUCCCCAUUCCCGGGAGGCCGAGCUGAAGGUCCACCUCAAGCUGGUGGAGGAGGAAGCCAACAUCCUCAGCAGGAGGAUAGUGGAGCUGGAGGUGGAAAACCGCGGGCUGCGGGCAGAGAUGGACGACAUGAAGGGCCAGGGGGACAGGGAGCUGCCGGGGCAGGACUCGCGCUUCCUGGUGGGUGUCUCGAGCUGCGGGGACGCGGGGGACACGGUGGCGGAGCUGCGCCGGCACCUGCAGUUCGUGGAGGAGGAGGCCGAGCUGCUGAGGCGCUCGCUGCUGGAGCUGGAGGACCAGAACAAGCUGCUCCUGAACGAGCUGACCAAGUACAAGUCGGACCACGAGCUGGACGUGACGCUGUCGGAGGACAGCUGCUCGGUGGUCAGCGAGCCCUCGCAGGAGGAGCUGGCCACGGCCAAGGUGCAGAUCAGCGAGCUCAGCGGCAAGGUGAAGAAGCUGCAGUACGAGAACAGGGUGCUGCUCUCCAACCUGCAGCGCUGUGACCUGGCCUCCUGCCAGAGCACCCGGCCCAUGCUGGAGACCGACGCCGAGGCCGGAGACUCGGCACAGUGCGUCCCCACCGCCGGCUGGAGGGACGGGAUGGGCGGCAGCGAGGCCGACGGGCAGGACAGGGGGCUGGGCGGCGGGAAGGUGCCCGAUGGCCCCGCCAAACUGCUCAAGCCCAAGGACCUGGAGACCUUGCUGGGCAUCCGGGACCAGGCAACUCUGGUCAGUAAAGCGAUCGAUGUCUUGAUUUCGGACGCCAACGGGUUCACUGCGGGGCUGAAGGCGUGCUUGGACAACGAGUGUGCGGGGGUGCUGCUGGGCGAGGCGGUGGGCAGCGGCGGCGACAGCCCCAGCGAUGCCAAGCUGAUGAACGUGCUGCUGAUGCGGCUGGGCGUGCUCCAGCAGGACCUGGGCUGCUUCGUGAGGAAGGUGGACCACCUCACCGGCGGCUUCAAGGAGCACACGGACUCCUUCCCCUUCUCCAGCCCCAGCAGCCAUGACAUCAGCAAAGAGGGGCUGCAGAAGGAGCAUGCCUCUGACUUCCAGCAGCCUGAUUUUAGGGACGCCGACCCUUUCCGCAUCCCCCACACCAAGGACACGGACCCCGCACAUCCCCGGAGCUACAGAACCUGCCGGGCCGAGGAGAACGACUCCUACGCCACCGAGAUGAAGGAGCUGCAGCUGGUGCUGUCAGAGGCCAACGAGAGCCUGCGGGGGCUGCAGGAGCAGCUCUCACAGGAGAGGCAGCUGAGGAAGGAUGAGGUGGACAACUUCUCACAGAAGAUCUGCCAGCUGAAGGAGGACCACCAGAAAGCACUGCUGCGACGGGAGUUUGAGCUGCAGAGCCUGAACCUGCAGAGGCGGCUGGAGCAGAAGUUCUGGAGCCAGGAAAAGAACCUGCUGGUGCAGGAGUCACAGCAGUUCAGGCAGAGCUUCCUCCUGCUCUUCAUGAAGCUCAAGUGGUUCCUCAAGCGCUGGCGCCAGGGCAAGGUGGUGCACAGCGAGGGCGAGGACUUUUUGGAGGUGAACAGCAUGAAGGAGCUGUACCUGCUGCUGGAAGAGGAGGAGCUAGCCCCGCAGCAACAGGCAGACAACAAGAUGUGUGCCGGGGACACCUGGACCCCCAACACGCCCAACGAGUGCAUCAAGACUCUGGCAGACAUGAAGGUGACCCUGAAGGAGCUGUGCACGGAGCUGCGGGAGGAGCGGCGCGGUGCCAGCGAGCUGCAGCAGCAGUUCACCAAGGCCAAGGCUGCCUGGGAGAUGGAGCGUGCCGAGCUCAAGUGCCACAUCGCCCAGCUGGAGUCAAAGGCAGGCAAAGGGAUCGCGGAGCGUGCGCUGCCAGACUGGAAGGUGGCACUGAAGAGGGAGCGUGAGGAGCACCAGCAUCUCCUGGCCGAGUCCUACAGCGCUGUCAUGGACCUCACCAAGCAGCUGCAGAUCAGUGAGAAGAACUGGAACCAGGAGAAGGUGGAGCUGCUGGCUCGCUUCAAGGAGGAGCAGCAGCAGGCAGAGCAGCAAGCGAAGGACCUGCAGAACAAACUUAACCAGUUGCAGAAAGGAUCCAGUCCGUGGGCAUUGAAGCACUCUGAAAUGGAGAAGCAUGGCAGCAACUGGAAAGAGGCUCUCAAUGAGAAAAUCACAGACAAGGAGACAAUCUCUGAAGCAGAAGCCAAGGGAACCAACCUCAAAAGGACCAAGUCUGUUUCCUCCAUGUCAGAGUUUGAAAGCUUGCUCGACUGUUCUCCCUACCUCCCUGGAAAGACCGUGCCAGGGCUGGGUGACCAUGCCCGGGGCAAAAAGGCAUCCUCGACCACCCAGAUGCUGCCCAACGGGAUCCGGGACAGCGCCAGCCUUCCUCCCUCCAACUGUACAUAUGUGAAUAUCGAACAACCUGCCCCUGACAGCCUGGUCAAAGAGAAGCUGGGCAUCUCCUCCUGGGACUACUCACAGGCAAGCGGCCUCUCUGGGCACGACCCAGCUCAGAAACAAAUCCAGAGGAGCUACACGGCGCCCGACAAGACUGGGAUCCGCAUCUACUACAGCCCGCCGGUGGUGCGGCGGCUGGAAGCGCCUCUGGUGCACAACAAGGAGGGCAAGAUCAUGAUCGAGCCCGGAUUCUUGUUCACCAUGGCCAAGCCGAAGGAGCCGGAGGAGUCGGCCAGCGCCGAGGGCACCUACAGCCAGUGGCUGUGCAACUUCUCCAAGCAGCAGCAGGAGCUGCUGGACAGCGGCGCGGGGGAGAGCGCGGUGCCGCCGGUGCCGCGCUUCCCCCCCUCGCUGCACGACCUGGAGAUCUCCGGCAACAUGAGCGACGACAUGAAGGAGAUCACCAACUGCGUGCGCCAGGCCAUCCGCUCCAGCUCGCUCGAGAGGAAGGUGAAAAGCACCUCCAGCCAGACGGUGGGGCUGGCCCACGUGGGCACACAGACCAUCCAGACGGUGAGCGUGGGCCUCCAGACCGACCUGCCCCGCGGCGCCGGUGUGCACGGCAAGAGCUGGUCCCCGCGCAGCUCCUCCCUCAUGUCUGUGCGCAGCAAGCAGAUCUCCUCCUCCCUGGAUAAGGUCCAUUCCAGGAUCGAGCGGCCAUGCUGCUCCCCAAAAUACGGCUCUCCGAAGCUGCAGAGGAGGUCUUCCUCCAAGCUGGACGCCUCCAAGGACAGGAGCCUGUGGAACUUGCACCAGAGCAAGCAGAAUGGCUCUGCCUGGGCCCGCUCCACCACCACCCGCGACAGCCCCGUCCUCAGCAACAUCAACGAUGGCCUGUCCAGCCUGUUCAGCGUGGUGGAGCACGCGGGCAGCACCGAGUCCAUCUGGAAGCCGGGCUGUCCUGAGAGCAGCCGGGCCAAGCCCGAAGCACCCAAGUACGGCCUCGUGCAGGAGUUCUUCAGGAACGUCUGCGGGCGGGCGCAGAGCCCCACCGCCCCCCAGGAGAAGAAGGAGGUCACUGGGGAGGAGAGCAAGAGAGCUGAGCACCCCAGCCCCACCACCCACCACCCAGCCGAAAACAUCACCCGUGUCUUGAACAAGAAGGUCCUCAAGCAGGGCAGCUGCGAGGACCCCAAGCCCUCGUCCCCUGGCCAGGGCAGUAAGGACGCAGCCCUGCGGGACCCCGAGCUCAUCUCGGCCAUAGCCAGCGAGGACACGGCGUGUGACUGCAGCUCCCAGUCCCUCACCUCCUGCUUUGCCCGGCCUUCCCGCUCCGCGCUCCGCCACUCCCCCUCCAAGUGCAAACUGCACCCCGCGGACCCCCCCAGGGCGGAGGAGAAGCCGGGGGCCUCGACCUGCAAUGUAAAACCAAGUGCAUUUUAAAAAUACCGAAAUGAGCUACAUUGGAGAGGCACCAAUUGGAUUAAGAGAUUGUGGCUUGGGAGGCUGCAGCGUGGCCCGCGGUCUGCGCCGCGCAUCCCUCCAUCACCACCAGAAAAAGCCUUACCCAGGGAGGGAGGGGGCAGCAGCCACGGCCCCCACAGCACUGCACAGCUCCUGGGGCUGGGGGACCAACCCCACACAGAGCAGCCUUGGUGCCUCUGUGCAGCUCCAGCAGAGAACAGAGAUUUCUGAGGCAGCUGCCUGACCUAUUUUCGAGCUGCCUGCCAGGGGCCAGGCAGGGAUUCACCCACAUGGAGCUGCCUUCAGGUGUCUGGGGCUCAGCACAUUGCUGUGGGGGUGUGUGCCUUGUUCUGGGGGCUCUGUACACUGCUCCAAGGGCUCUGCAUUGCCCCAGGGGCUCCAUCCACUACUCCAAGGGCUCUGCAUUGUCCCAGGUGCUCCAUCCACUGCUCCAAGGGCUCUGCAUUGCCCCAGGGCCUCCAUCCACUGCUCCAAGGGCUCUGCAUUGCCCCAGGGGCUCCAUCCACUGCUCCAAGGGCUCUGCAUUGCCCCAGGGGCUCCAUCCACUACUCCAAGGGCUCUGCAUUGCUCUGAGGCUCUGUACAGUGCACCAGGAGCUCCAUACACUGUUCCAAGGGCUCUGUGCAUUGCUCCACCAGCUCUGUACGCCACCCCAAGGGCUCUGUGCAUUGCUCUGGAGCUCUGUACACUGCUUCCAGGGCCUCUGCACAUUGUCAUCUCGCAGUUUCUCUUUAGAACUGCUGGUGCUGCCGAGGCUGCUGCCCUCUCCUGUCCGGCCGCUCACUGCCCGCAGCAGCUGCUGCAUCACUGCCACGUCGCAGCCUCCGUCAGCAUCUCCACGACAGCCGCUCACUGCCUGUGUCUCCGGACACACCAGCAUCAGCCAGGGCCCAGCAGCCCCAGCACCGAUGGCCUUUUGCUCCUGGCCAGCUCCUGGGGGACCCUUGUCACCCGGGUGGGGGACACUCAGGGCAGGUGCUGCCCACCCUCACCAGCAGCCGGGGCCGGGCCGUGUCCCUGCCUGCCACGGAGGAGUCGGGUCCAGCACUGCCACGGGCAAUCUCCUGCUGUACAUAGAUCCUUUUGAGGUGAUUUUUAGCAUUUUCAUGGAUAAUUGGGGUUUUGGUUUGGUUUGUUUUUUUUAAAAGACUCUACUUUUUGGAAUGUGGUUUCUCAUUUUUACAACUGCCUUUUAAUUAUUUGUAAUAUUGGUCAGUUCUGUCUUACUCUGUAAAUAGUGGUGCUGGGCAUUUCCCAGGGGUGCUGAGAUGAGGCUGGCAAGGAAUUUGUGGGGAAAAUUUGCUUAAGGUGUGGAGAUGGCUGAUUCCAGUGCAGUCCCUCCAUGGAUUCUGCCCCUGUCCACAUGCCAAUGCCCAGCCUGGGGUGAAACCCGAGGUGUUUUGGGCAAAGCCACUCUUGCCCCUGCCCUGUCCUCCUGCUUCCUCUCACCAGCCCAUGCCAAGGUCGCAUGAAGGGCACCUCCUGCCCCGAUGACAGGCUCUCUGCCCACCCCAUCCUGCACCCCUGUGUCAUGCCUGCUAGUUGUGUGAUGAAUAAAGGCCCUGCAACCCCUCACCCCACCCUUGGUGCUGCCUUCCCGUGCUGUGGUGGGGGGACCGUGCUGCCUGUCCUGUCUGGGGCAGUGCUGCUGCAGGGGGAGGAGUGACACGAUCCUGUCCCCCUGUUCCUGCCAUCCUGCCUGCUGCCCAGCCCACUCAUGGUGUCCCAUCCUCUCCUCACCCACCUCUGUCCCUGACACCAUCCCCAUGUGCUGACCCCAACUCCAGGGCUCCUUGUCAACUCCACUGCCAGCGCUGUCACCCCUCACCAGGCUCCCCUCAGCUCUGCACUGUCCUUGUGCUGCUGGUGUUUCUCACAGCUGCCCUGUCCCAUCCCAGCCUGCCCAGCAGCUCACCCCAGCCUGCACACACCCCCACAUCCCCCCUUCCUCUGCUGCCAAGGCUUCCUGCCCUUGUGCCCCCGGGUUGGACUCAAUGAUCUCAGAGAUCGUUUCCAGCCUGAAUGAUUCUGUGAUUCCCUGAUGACCUGCUGUUCCCAGCCUCCCCUGAGGUUCACUCCAUUAAACUCUCCCACCCUGAGGUCCUCUGUCACCCACCAAAACCCACUAUCCUUUUCUUCUCUUCCAUCAUCCUUCAUGUCCCACCCCUUUCAUCCCUGCUCUUUGAUCUGCCAUGUUCCAUCCCUCUUUAUUGUGCUCUUUCAUCAACCCUAGCCCAACCCAGCCCUCUUUGCUCCUUCCUGUGCUAUUCCAUCCCACUUCUCCUUCCCAUGUUUCUUCACCCACCAUACCCCAUCCUUCCUGUGUAUCUUCUUUUAUGUCCCAACCCUUCUUCCACUGCUCCUCUGUUGUUCACUCAUCCUUCCUUCCUUGCAGUCAUCUGCUGUGUCCCAUCCUUACCUGCCACCCUCCUCCAUCACCCACCAGGUCCCAUCCUUCCUUUCUGUGCUUCUCCAUCAGCCACCAUGUCCUGUCCAUCCUUCCUGUCCUGCAUCCUCCACCAUGUCCUGUCCUUUCUUGUGCUCCACUGUCACCACCUCCAAUCCCUCCCUGUUCUCCCCACUCCCUUCACAUCCCAUCCCUCCUUCCACACCUUCCAGUGUGCUGUCACCAGCUGUAUCACAUCCCUCCCUGCCAUGCUGUGCUCCUCCACUACACACCAUGUCCCCUCCCACCCUCUUGUGCUCCUGCAUCCUAUCCCUCCUUGCUCUCCUCCAUCACCCACCACCUCCCAUCCCUCCUUCCUGUGCUCUUCCACUGCCCUCCAUAUCCCACCCUCCAGUCUUCCACUUCCAUCCUAUCCCUCUAACCUGCUCCUUCAUUCACCACAUCCUGUUCCUGAUCUUCAUUCACCACCACAUUCUUCUUGAUUUUUUUUCCUUCUUCACCUUCACCAUACCCCAUCCAUCCUUGCCUUGCUUGGCCUUCAGCUUUUCCUUUCAUAUUAAUGUCAACAUCUCACUGUCUUCUUCAGCUCCCACCACCACUGUCCUCUACAUCUUACCAUCAGUUUGUCCCUCCUCCUCCAUUGGCUCCCACCUUCACCCUAACCUCCUCCACUCCUCAUCUUUUCCACAUCUUUCUUCAUCCUCUUCUCUCUCCUAUCUCCUCUCUCAAUCUCCUUCACUUUCCCAUCCCAAAAUCCAUCCUCACCUCCCAGCAUUUUACCAUCAUUUCAACUGCUAAUGUCACCCCAAUUUAACUUCUCCACCUCCACAUUUCCAGUCCCCUCUUUGUGCUUAUCCAUUUCCCAUCUCCUCAUUCGUCCUCCUCCACUGCCCUCCACUCUUUGUCUUCUUUUAUCCCCUUAGUGUCUCUCGGUUCCUCCUGUCAUCCAUGUCCAUCUCUGCUGUUUCCUCAUCCCUCCUCUUCUCCAUCUCUCCUACAUCCUUUUCCUCCACCACCUGCUAUCUAAUCUCUGUUUUCCUCUUCCAUUUUGUCCAUCUUCAUCCUCCAAUUCCCACUGUCCUCCAUCCUUCCCCAUGCCCCACACCACCCACCCUGUCCUUCCUCACCCUCUCUACCAUCUGCCCAGUCUCCUCAUCCUCCCCAACCUCACUUUUCAUCUUAAUUGUCCUUUCCACCAUCUUCCAUCUCCUUCACCCUGUAUCUCAUACUUCUUCCUCCACCUCAGUCCUUCCUGUGCCCCUUCACUUCCCAUUGUUUCCCAUACUUUUUCCUGCAGUUUCACCUCUUGCCCUCUCACUCUCGACCUCUGGCUAUCUCACCAUCCUUCAUUAUUUGCCUCCCACAGUUUGCCUGUUUCUCCUUAUGUUCCUCCAGUUCUCCCCACCUUCCUAUCUCUCUUCACCCCUUAAGUGUCCCACCAACCUUACAGAUCUCCCUCUCCACCCCUCCCUGACCUCCAGCCACCCUUCCUUACCUCACAGCUCCCUCUCUAACUGUCCUUACAUUCUCCUUCAUCUCCUACCUGUCCUGAUUUCCAAUCUUCUCCCAGCCCAACCUCUCCCAUUCCUCCCUGCACUCUUUUACUUCUAGCACAUCUAACUCCAGCUGCAAUUUUCUGCUUCUCACUUCUCCUGCCUUAUAUCCCAUCCCUUACCAACCUAGGAAAGCCACUACCAGCUCAGCCACCCCUGAUGCACACAGGAAGGGCCCUUCUUGACGUCACAAAACACUUCUCCCUAGGACUAGCCAUGGGGGAAAAGGGGAUGACCUCUGCCCUUGGAAGGUUACUGAGUAACUCAGCUAGAUAAAGUCACCAAUAUCCUGAUCUAACAUUAGCAAUAACUAAUAUGGAACAUGGAGCUUGACUAGAUUCCCCUGGGAUCACUUCAAGCAGUGAAAGAUUUCCGGGAGGGGUGAGAAAGGCCGGGAAUGGCUUUGAAGGUGUUGCCUGGGAUGCUGCAGGACGUGAAGAAAUAUCCCUGCCACUUGCAGUUGCUCCAUGGUGCUCAAGCAGACCCACCACACACUGCUCCAGCAGGACCAUCCCAUACUGCCUGAGCAGGAACAUUCCAUGCUGCCUGAGCAGGAACAUCCCACCCUGCUUGAUCAGCAUCUCCCCAAACUGCUCAAGCAGGACCUCUCCAGGCUGCUUGGGCAGGAUCAUCCAAUGUAGCUGGAGCAGAAUCUUCCCAUGUUGCCCAAGCAGGACCAUCCCUUGUCGCUUGAGCAGGACCACUCCAGGCUGUUCAAGCAGGACUAUUCCCAGGCUGCUUGAGUACCAUGGGCCAUCCCAAAGAAGCUUCCUGAAAAGCUGCCAGCUCCCAGGCCAGUGAGUGAUCCCUGAGCUGUCCCCUCAGACCCAAGAGCCAGGGAUCUUUCAUCAUCCUUGUUGUCCUCCCCUCAGGCUGGGCCCUGCAGGGCCACGGCCAUCCCCUUCCAACAGCCUUACAGCAACACUAGGGCACGAGGCUGCUGGCACUGCUGCCAAGGGGAGCACAGCUCUCCUCUCCAUCCCAAGGGAGCUCCAAACCCUGCAGGACCUGCAUGCAGGGCCUUUCCAGAGCCUCCUGUGUCACUCACACACAAGGGCCAGCCAGCCUUGCUUCACAGAAGACCCUGCUGGAGGCUCCCAGCCAUCCCAUGGAGGGGAUGAUGCCCUUUCCUAGGGGCUGUCCCACUGCAACACAGGGACAGGGCACCAAGUGUCUUUAUAGGGUGGGGGUGACAUUUGUAAAGCAUUCCUGCCCAUAAGCCUUCCUGGCUGGUAAAUCUGGGGAAGGGUGGAGGGAAUUUGCUACCUGUGUUAGGGACUAGCUGAACUUACGUGUCUCCCCAAGCUGGAUUUCUUAUUCCAAAUGUUCAAACUGUUGUAUAUUGUACUGGGAUUUUUACAUUGAAUUAUUGUAGAAAACAAAAACUUAAACUAAG